UACACCUUUACUCCACUACGAGACAUGGGAAAUAUGAAGCUACUAAAGAGCUCCAAAAUCAUUCUAGUUCCGUAUCCAGCACAAGGCCACGUUAAUCCCAUGGCUAAGCUAGCUUUGGCUUUGCUUAGCCGGGGAUUUGAUCCGGUGGUGAUCACCCUUGAGUACAUACACCAUAGGAUCAUAUCAAACAUGGAUCCUAAGGGAAAAAUCAUGUGCAUGGCAGUACCAGAUGGUCUGGAAAAGGACAACGUACCUUCUGACUUCUUUGCCAUUGAGAAAGCUAUGGAAAACCACAUGCCAAAUCACUUAGAGAGUCUUGUUCGUCAAAUUGAUGGAGAAGAUGGUGCCGUGGCGUGCAUGAUCGUUGAUUUGUUAGCUUCGUCUGCAAUCGAAGUGGCUCGUCGAUGCGGUGUCCCCGUUGCUGGAUUUUGGCCUGCCAUGCUAGCUACUUACCAGCUGAUCGCAGGCAUACCGGACAUGAUCAGGACGGGCCUUAUUUCUGAUACUGGAAAUCCGCAACGUCCAGGUCCAAUAUGCUUGCUGCCUAAUCAACCUGAGCUAUGCACUGGCGAUCUUCCAUGGUUAAUCGGAACUCCGGCCGCAAGGAAAUCAAGAUUCAAGUUCUGGACAAGAACCCUGAGUCGAUCAAGAAAUCUUCAAUGGCUCCUUGUGAAUUCCUUUCCUGAGGAAAGUCUUGAGGAUAAACCACACAAGAACCCCAGCAUAAGUAAGAAUGAGCCAUUUGUAUUUCAAGUUGGACCCUUGAGUAAGCUUGCAACAAUCAAGAAUCCUAGCUUCUGGCAAGAAGAUAUGAGCUCCUUGCAAUGGCUAGACGACCAAAAGCCUGAAUCAGUAGUAUAUAUCUCAUUUGGCAGUUGGGUUAGCCCCAUUGGAGAAGCGAAAGUGAGCAGUCUGGCAUUGGCACUUGAGGCAAUGAGACAGCCUUUUAUCUGGGUUCUGGGGCCUGCGUGGCGAGAAGGGUUGCCAGAAGGAUAUCUAGAGAGAGUGACAAAGCUAGGAAAAGUGGUAUCAUGGGCACCGCAAAUGGAAGUUUUGCAGCACAAGGCAGUGGGAUGCUAUCUCACACACUGCGGAUGGAACUCAACCAUGGAGGCCUUACAGAGCAAAAAGCGACUCUUAUGCUAUCCAGUAGCCGGAGAUCAGUUUGUGAAUUGCGCCUACAUUGUAGAGAAAUGGAAAAUCGGAGUGAAGAUGAAUGGAUUUGCGCAGAAAGAUGUAGAAGAGGGGAUAAGCAAGUUGAUGAAUGAUAAUGAAAUGAAUAUGAGGUUAAUGAAGCUAUAUGAGAGGACAAUGGGAGAGGAAGCUAAUUUAAGAGCGAUGGCUAAUCUUGCUACAUUUUUUGAUGAUCUCAGUGAGCUAACAAAUAAAUAUCACCUUAGGUUGGCACCCUAAAUUAAAGAAUUUUUUUUAUUUUUUUGUUUACAUAUUGGCAAUAGCAACUUCAUGAAAGACAAAGGAACCCAUGAAAUUAUUAGCUAAUUUCGAAUGGUGAUAUUUUCAUUUUUA